GCCCUCAGUGUCUCGCGAUUCAUCGAUCAGUGUGGUGUGUGUCGCGUUGUUGCUCCCUUCGGCUUUUCGUAGCUUCCUUUUUCUGGCUGCGACUUACGCGGCGGCUCCGAAUCGUACUUUAUUCGUCCUCGUGAAAACGGCGUUACAGCUGCGGGCUCGACAGGAGCCUACUUGAAAACACAUAGAAAAAAUGAGACGAAGGAUAUUGUGGAUUCUGGUUAGCACGGCCGUCAUUCUCACGGAAUGCAACGCCGCUACGGAGAAAGAACAGAACGAGAAGGGCGAGAGAACGUUGGGAAAUUCGAAUUACAAUUCCUUUCCGGACGAUCUCUACCUGGACGAUCAAGAGGCCUCGGAAGGUUCUGGACGAGGUGGAAGCGAGGGACGAGACGACCUUGAAGCAUCCGGUAGUGGCCUUGGCCCUGACGACGAGGACGGUGACGAUGAACAUGAAUUCGACACGACCAAUAACAGAAUAGAACCAGUGCCAAAAAAACCAAUUGAACCAAAGGAACCAUAUUCUAUUGAUGAGAGCAACAACAACAAUAAAGUUCAAACCAACGAAGAAACGAUAAAUCGAGUGGAUAACGAAGAGGUCGAUGUAAUCGAGCCCUCGACCGGUGAGGACGAGCACGUGGAUAACAUUGGCGAUAGCCAAGACGUUUACAUAAUGAAUCCAAAGCACGAGGAUCGUGCCAGUUCGUUCUUUGCACAGCCAGGCGUUCUAGCGGCGGUGAUCGGUGGAGCUGUAGUCGGCCUAUUAUGUGCCAUACUCGUGGUGAUGUUCAUCGUCUAUAGAAUGCGCAAAAAAGACGAGGGUUCGUACGCCUUGGACGAGCCAAGAAGAUCGCCGGCGGCCCAAGCCUUUCCAAAACCUGGCGCACCCCAUCACAAUCGAGAAUUUUAUGCUUGAAGAGACGUAGCCCGUCUGGCUUCGUUAUCGGCUAAUAUUCCUACCAGUAAUAUUCUGGUAGAAUGUCGUAAUUUCGAGCCAGGGAAUAGAAAGACACGUUCGAUCGAAUCGACGUAUCAAGAUGAUCGUAGCUGGACGAUGAUUUGAAUGAUCUAGCCGUUAUGCUCGAUGAUGAUGACGAUGAUGAUGACGACGAUGAUGAUGAUGAUGACGACGACGACGAUGAUGUUGAUGUUGAUGAUGAUGACUACGACGAAAAAAAAGAAACAAAAAAAAAGCAAAAAAACGGCGUAACAUGUGGCAGCUCCUUAUAGGAUAUUAAAAAAAAAAAAAUAUAUAUAUAUAUAUAUAUAUAUAUAUAUAUACAUAAAAAAGAAAAGCAGAAAGAAAGAAAACGGGGAAAAAAGUAAAAUAUACAAACAAACAAACAAACAAACAAAACGUAUAUGGCGAACGAGAAGACGCGUCGCUAUCGACCAAUCCUGCGACGAUAAUAAUCUUACUCGAUUAUCUUAGAGCGUACUCGUUCGCCAAUCAGACACUAGUGUGUAGCGAUUGAAACGCGCUCUGCAGUCCUACCUCCGCUCUCUCCUUCUAAAGAAAAGAAAAGAAAAGAAAAGAAAAGAAAAAAAAAAAAAAAGUAAUAAUAAUAAAUAUAUACAUAUAAUAAUAGUUAAUUUAAAACUAAACGAUUCAAUGCGCGCGAACGAACCUGCGUUUUUGCUUUUUUCUCUUUUCCUUUUUUAACUCUUAAUAGUUUUAUUAAUUUAUUGUCCCUUUCUUUUUUUCUUUUUUUUUCUUGUUUUGUUUCACUUCAAAAUCCACGACAUAUCGAUUUCGAAAUUAUCCGAUAAAUUUACGACGUCCAAUCAAUUUUUAUUUACGUGACUUUUCGUUACUAUUUUUUUUCUUUUUUUUUUUUUUUUUUUUUUUUUUUAGAACGAAGCGGAUUUCAAAUCGAUGCGUUUUAAUCUAACUUUUAAACCUUCUUAUCGAGCAUUGAUCGAUAAAAUCAGCCAUAUUAGUGUUAUCCUUUUUUUUUAUGUUUAUCCAAUCUUAUCUUAUCAUUUCUUUUUAUUUCCUUUCUUAUAUCCACGAGCACAUACUCUUGGCGAGAUUCUUCUUAUAUUGUUUUCUUUAUCUUUCUUAAUUCUUUUCUUCUUCCCUUUUUUUUUUUUUUUUUCCUUGUUUUAUUUUAUUUUAUUUUAUUUUACUUUUUAAUAAACUCUUAAUUAAUAAUCAAUCAUCGAUCAUAAUAUGUAUAUUUGUGCUCUCUUCAAGUAAAUAUAAAAAAAACGAGACGAAUCUGUACGUAUAUGAAUUAUGUUUUAAUGGUGUUCACGAUUCUGAUUUUUUUUUUUUGCUUUUGGUGGAAGGAGGGUAUAUAUAUAUACAUAUAUAUAUAUAUAUGUGUGUGUGUAUGUAUAUGUAUAUAUAUAUAUAUAUAUAUUUAGCAAAAUAAAAAUGAAACAAAAGAAUUUUCAUGGGACACCGAUUCCGAAUGCAUUUACAUAAGCCAAUAGGUCGUGUGAAAAAUCUAUGCAUUUAUGUAUAGCUGCAUAUUAUUAUUAUUACUACUAUUACUAUUAUUAUUAUGAAUAUAUAUUUAUGUGUGCGUAGUGAGAGAGAGAGAGAGAGAGAGAGAGAGAGAGAGAGAGAGAAAGAA